UAAGUUCUCUGUGAUGCAGCCAGGGACUCAUGUGUGGCCCCACACCGGCCCCACUAACUGCAGACUGAGGAUGCACCUCGGCCUCGUCAUCCCCAAACAGGGCUGCAGGAUCCGCUGCACCGACAUCACCAGGGAGUGGGAGGAGGGCAAAGUCCUGAUCUUUGACGACUCCUUCGAGCACGAGGUCUGGCAGGACGCCGACAGCUACCGGCUGAUCUUCAUCGUGGACGUGUGGCACCCCGAGCUGACGGCGCAGCAGCGGCAGACCCUCAGCCCCAUUUAAACACGCGUACACACCCCUGGUAAGAGUUUCACACACUCAUCGGAUUCUUCUCCUCCUGUGGAUAAACUGAUACAAACUUUGAGGAGAAUCACGACGGAAUGCGGACGUUUUUUAAACUUUUUUUUUGUGUGGAUAAACUACUAAAAUAGUCUGAGGAAGGACCGAAGCAUCAGACUGAAGGAUGGAGUUGAAAAGUAACUGACUUUACAACCUUUCACAGAAAAAACACAUAAUACGGUACGCCUUCUAGCCCAGAGUAACCCUGUUUGGAUCGGGUUAUUCAUGUGAUGGAUUUAAAGUCUUCUUACUGGAUCUGGAAUAUUUCUGUGGGGGGAAAUGGACGUCAUCUGCGGAGCCAUUUUCUUUCACAAACAUAGACAUGUUUCUUAGUCAGGAAACAAACACAGUUCUCUGGUGUUUCAUA